AUUUCUUGUUAAAGCAGACAAAGACAUUUAGUCAGCCUGUCAAAGCACGAGAAACCAAGUUGGCACACAAGUUACCUCGAAAAACAGAAAGAUGGAUGCGGAGGCUGAAGAUAAAACGCUUCGUACCCGUGCUAAAGGAACCAAGGUGCCGAUGAAUUCCUUAAUCCAGGAGCUCAGUGCUACAUACAGCUGCUCUGUGGGGAGAAAGCGGAGCGGCGAGGAGCAGACUCUGGGUGUUCCGGUCAACAAAAGAAAAUCGCUGUUAAUGAAGCCCCGUCACUACAGCCCUAACAUGGACUGCAAAGAAGAGAGUGAGGACAGGACUGAGGCUGAGGAGGACAGUUGCCUCUUGCAAACAGAUGACCGCUCCAUUGCAGAGGAACUCAUGAUCAAACCAAUGGAUGACACUCUCUGUUCAGCUGCGCAAGAAAACUCCAAUAGAAAGGAAGACAGAUAUGCUAGUUAUCAAGAGCUCAUGGUCAAAUCUUUAAUGCACUUGGGGAAAUAUGAAAAUGAAGCAUCUGUGCAGACUGUGAGUGAAAACUUAAAUGACAGUGGCAUCCAGUCUUUAAAAACGGAGACUGACGAGGCAGACGAUUGCUUUCUCUUUCAUUCCGAUGACAGGAAAGACACAGUCAAUGACUCCCAGCAGCUCCAGUACUGCUCCUCUGAUGACAGCGAAAGUAAUAUGGAAGGCCCAGAGAUGGGCUGGGAGAGCAGCUCCAGUGUCUCAGAAGAAACCAAACCACACAGAAACCCCAAAUAUAUUUUAGUGGGUGAUAAAAAAGACCCAUUAGAAGUUCCAGAAAUAAAAAUGGAAGGUGAAAAAUGCAUCCCUUGUGAAAACAUAUGUGACCCUGAAGUGGAAAGGAAAGACCCUCAGAAGGCUCACGAGGAGCCCCUGGACUGCCCAGCCCAGCCUCCCUUCCCCGAGCAGGAGGAGGAUGAUCAAGAGUGCCUGUCCACCAUGACCCAGGAGUCUGGGGAACUGGAGAAAGCCAAGGGCAACUUAAGUUUGCUGGAGCAGGCGAGUGCGCUGCAGGCGGAGCGAGGCCAUGCCUGCCAUAGCACGUACAAAGACCUGGAUCGGUUUCUCUUGGAACACCUGGCCGGGGAAAGGAGGCAAGCCAAAGUUAUUGACCUGGGUGGAAGACAAAUCUUUAACAGCAAAUACUCUCCAAGGCCUGACAAGAGGGAGACGAAGUGCCCCAUCCCGGGGUGCGACGGCACAGGGCACGUGACUGGGCUCUACCCACACCAUCGCAGCCUCUCCGGCUGCCCCCACAAAGUGCGGGUCCCCCUGGAGAUUCUUGCCAUGCAUGAAAAUGUGCUCAAGUGCCCCACCCCAGGCUGCACAGGAAGAGGCCAUGUGAACAGCAACCGAAACACCCACCGAAGUCUUUCUGGUUGUCCAAUUGCUGCAGCUGAAAAAUUGACAAUGUCCCAGGAUAAAAAUCAGCUUGAUUCUCUCAAGAGUGGGCAGUGUCCUGACCAGGUUCACAGGGCAAGCUUAGUGAAGCAAAUUGAAUUCAAUUUCAGAUCACAAGCCAUAAUCUCUCCCAGAGCCACUGUGUCAAAAGAACAAGAGAAGUUUGGAAAAGUACCUUUUGAUUAUGCCAGUUUUGAUGCCCAAGUUUUUGGCAUGCGCCCCCUUCUACAAACAGGGCAAGGACAAAAAACACCACCGUUUUCUGAACCAAAGCGUUUUUCAAACCCACUGAAAUUUCCGAGCCGAUUGCCUAGUGCAGGCGCCCACACACAGAGUCCUUGCCGUGCCAGCUCGUACAGCUACGGUCAGUGUAGUGAAGACACCCACAUAGCAGCAGCUGCUGCCAUCCUGAACCUUUCCACCCGCUGCAGGGAAGCUGCCGAGAUCCUCUCCAACAAACCGCAGUGUCUGUCUGCCAAGGGAGCCGAGAUAGAAGUGGAUGAAAAUGGCACAUUGGACUUAAGCAUGAAAAAAAAUCGAAUCCUGGACAAGGCUGCACCCCUAACUUCCUCUAACAAUUCCAUUCCAACUCCUUCCUCUUCCCCAUUCCAAGCAAGCAGCCUUUUGGUCAAUGCAACAUUCUAUCAGGCUCUCUGUGACCAAGAGGGCUGGAAUACUCCUAUCAACUAUAGCAAAGCCCAUGGGAAGACAGAGGAGGAGAAAGAGAAAGACUCAGUAAGCUCUCCAGAAAAUUUAGAGGAAAAAAAGUUUACUGGCGAGGCCUCUAUACCAAGUCCCAAACCCAAGCUCCAUGCAAGAGAUCUCAAAAAAGAAUUGAUCACCUGCCCAACCCCAGGAUGCGAUGGAAGUGGCCACGUAACAGGAAACUAUGCAUCUCACCGCAGUGUUUCUGGAUGCCCUUUAGCAGAUAAGACUCUUAAGUCCCUCAUGGCUGCUAACUCUCAGGAGCUAAAGUGCCCAACCCCAGGCUGUGAUGGGUCAGGCCAUGUGACUGGAAAUUACGCUUCACACAGAAGUUUGUCUGGCUGCCCUCGUGCCAGGAAAGGUGGUGUCAAGAUGACCCCUACCAAGGAUGAAAAAGAAGACCCUGAACUUAAGUGUCCUGUGAUAGGCUGUGAUGGCCAAGGUCACAUCUCAGGUAAAUACACCUCCCACCGCACGGCUUCCGGCUGUCCCCUGGCUGCCAAGAGACAGAAGGAGACUCUUCUCAACGGGACUUCCCUCUCCUGGAAACUCAACAAACAAGAACUGCCCCAUUGCCCCCUGCCUGGCUGUAAUGGACUGGGCCACGUCAAUAAUGUUUUUGUCACCCACAGAAGCUUAUCUGGAUGUCCUCUAAAUGCGCAAGCCAUCAAAAAGGGCAAAGUCUCUGAAGAACUCAUGACCAUCAAGCUAAAAGCAACUGGAGGUAUAGAGAGUGAUGAAGAAAUUAGACAUCUGGAUGAAGAAAUAAAGGAGCUGAAUGAAUCCAACCUGAAAAUUGAAGCAGAUAUGAUGAAGCUGCAGACCCAGAUCACAUCUAUGGAGAGCAACUUGAAGACCAUAGAGGAGGAGAACAAGCUUAUUGAACAGAACAAUGAGAGCUUAUUGAAGGAGCUGGCUGGGCUGAGCCAAGCCCUCAUUUCUAGCCUUGCUGACAUCCAGCUCCCACAGAUGGGACCAAUCAGUGAGCAGAAUUUCGAAGCAUAUGUAAACACACUGACAGACAUGUACAGCAAUCUGGAGCGGGACUAUUCCCCAGAAUGCAAAGCCCUGCUGGAAAGUAUCAAGCAGGCAGUGAAGGGCAUCCAUGUGUAGGAUCACUGCGCUGCCAGCAACAGAAGUCUCCAACAGCAGUAACUCCACAUGAGUAUGGUAGGGGUUCCCACACUGCUAAGGCAUGAGGUUGCCAUGCUGCAUUUACAAUUGCAACAUUGCACUAAUUUUUUUCCCCAGCUGACAUAAACAGGAAAGAAAAACUAUGAUAGACUAUUUGGGUUAAAAGCAAUGCAGUCAAAUAUUAGAUCUUAUUUAUUUUCAUAUAUUUUUCUUUCAUUUCUUCAUUGCACUCUUUUUUUGUAAAACGUAUGUAAAAUAAAUGUGACAUUUUUAUAUUUUAUUUAUUUCUAAUCAAAGAGUUAUUUAUCUUUUAACUGCAUUUUGAAGUCUGCCGUAUUUUUACAUGUAUGUUUAUUAAUUUAUUUUCCAAUAGAAUUUAAAUAGAAAUGUUAUUCUCAAACCACAUAUCUUGCUGAGUUUAAAGGAGGAAACAAAAAGCGUGAAGGAAUUUUUUUGUCUAAGGACUGCACUAUGGUCUCGUUGAUAUUUGCAUUCUUUUCUCCCCCUUUCACUGGCUUCCCUAUUUAUAAUGUUUGCUGUGAUGUGAGGAAGAAGGAAUGAGAAGACAAAUGGCGCCCACUAGUGGGAAUCACGCACUAACAAAAGCACAGUACCCUGGAAAACAGCCUGUUGAGAAUUUGUUAGCAAUAAUUAAAUACAGCAAUCAGCAAACUAUUCAACUUGGCUGUAUGGUUUUGUUAAUAUGACUUAUUUAUUUGAAUGUUUUAAAGAAACAUAAGUUUUUCUAGUGAUGCGUUGUCUGUUUGUUUUCAAGUCAUAUCAGAGAGUUGGCAACUCUUAUCCCAAGAUGAGAAGCAAGGCUUGAUGUGACCAGCCAGGCUUUCCUGCCAUAUGUUGGUACAAUAUACAAGUGACAAUAUUGAUGUAGAUUUGUACUUAGCAAAUACAAACACAUCCAAAUGGAAAAUUUUGUAGAUACCUUAUCCCCUGAAAUAGCAUUUAUCUUACUGGGUUUACUGGAAAGGAAGGGAAAACACAUUAACACAUAAAAAUGUUAACUCCAAUAAUCUGAGUAAUUACUUUGAACGCUGGCAACAUUGGUUCCUUCCCUCUUAGGCAACAAGACAACUUUCAAUUUAAUAAAAAAAUGAUCUUUCCAUAAGACUCCACAUGCUACAAAGUAUGCGCAAGUGCACACACACACACGCACAUCCACUCAUACACACACACACAAAAUUGAGCCUGCGAUCUUGAAUUUCUGAAUGGAUCAGAGCUUAGUAGUUGCUAUAGUAAAGGCAAUGUCUAUUUCAGGGACUGUAAGUAGUUAAGCAUUAUUUGAAAAGUUUUUUUAUAUUUAUUUUUUUUAAGAAAAAGGUAUAGACAACCAGCUAAACUGCCUUUUUGGUAUGCACACACACACCUCACGUGCAGAUGUGCCUCCGUGUCAACGUACACAUGAACUCAGUGUGGGCUUCAUUUCCUGUGCUAUGACAAAAGUGUUUAUUUUUUAUUAGCCUCAUUGAUAGAUAUUUAGAUUGAAUGUGAUGGCAUUCAAAGGCUUGAUAUAGUCCACUGUUAUCACUUUUACCUGCACAAAUUAAAAGUAACCCUCAGCAGUCAUUCCACACUCAUCAAAUUGUGGUCCUUAUUAUGCAUUAAGUGAGGCUUUAUCUUUGCUUUGGGGUUUAUUCAAACCCUUGAAUCUUAGCUUAGUGAAAAUGAGAUGUCUGUUCUUAGGUAGGAAUGGUGUUUAUUUAAAAAUCAGUUUUAAGAAAAGAGCUACCAUAUGUGCUGUCUAUAAUAAAUGGGACACCAAACAAAAUUUUCUAUUAAAGUUAUGUACUUGCAAACAUUUUGCUAUAUAGUACUUGAUAGAUGCAUACAAAUGAGUUCACUUAUUGCAAAGGCAAAAGUUUAAUUUGCUAAAUAUUUUAACAGGUUUGCUAUAUGUUUUAUUUAAAGUAAAUCUCUUACCAAUCUAUGUAUGCAUUAUUAUAAUUUUCUUUGGCUUCGGGUUAAUUUAUUUGUGUUUGGACGUUUUGUGAAGUGUGUUUCCAUUUAUUUGCCUCCUUUGUACUUGAUGUGUUUUGUAAUGUGCACUGAAUUUUUUUUUUCUUUUCAACUAUGUUAACAAUCAACACUGUACAUUGGGUCUUUUGUAAACAAGAAAAAAGGCAAUGAUGUAUGCAUUUUUUCUUAAUUUGAAGUAGUUUGUAUACUGUUUCUUCAAACAAUUAAUAUUUCUUACAUCAAAGCAACAAUAUUGUGUUCAGUGCUGUACAUUUGGUAUAUGGUAGGAAAUAAAAAUUGAUAAUGAGUUUUGUUGUGUUCUUUCUCAGGCUACUACACGGAAAAUAUUAUCACCACCCUAUAAAAGUCCUCUGGGUCUUUUCAAGAUUCAGUCACAAAGGGGUUCAUAAUUUGUCUCACCUCCAUGCCUUUAAACACACUGUUCCCUCUGCCUGCAAUGCCCACCUAAUCCAUAUGCAGCACUUUUUCCAGGAAAUCAAAGUUAGUUAGUAACCAUCCACCUCUUUUCCA